AUGUUCGUUCCCAGUUUUUGCAUGAGCCAGACUGUCUCGUUCUAAACGGUGGAGGAUUUUCUAGCCCGGGGGCUACGUUUGUACUUGCAGGAGGUAUAUGCAUGUCACUGUGAGCAAGCAGAGGCUAAACCCUGCACAGACGGGCACUAAGACCGCAACGCCUCCAUUUCCUCUCAGGGUGGAUGCAGAAGCUGAGAGGAGGAGACCUCCAGACACGGGUGGAGAAGGAUAGGAAGAGGAGAAAAGCAAUGCGAAAUCAAGGGUAUAGCUGAGAGAGACAGAAAGAGAGGGGGAGAGAGAAAGGGGCGAUUGAAGGGAAGACGCAGGGGAAAAGCUCUUUAGAUACUAUAUUUAUAUUUAGACAUAGGAAGGCAUCCCCCCCAGAAGAUUGGUCCAAUGAACAUGUCAGUGUUGACUUUGCAAGAAUACGAAUUUGAAAAGCAAUUCAACGAGAAUGAAGCCAUCCAGUGGAUGCAAGAGAAUUGGAAGAAAUCUUUUCUGUUUUCAGCUCUAUAUGCUGCCUUUAUAUUUGGUGGUCGGCACCUAAUGAACAAACGAGCAAAAUUUGAACUGAGGAAACCACUAGUACUCUGGUCCCUGAGCCUUGCAGUCUUCAGUAUAUUUGGUGCUGUUCGAACUGGUGCUUAUAUGCUGUACAUUCUGAUGACCAAAGGCCUGAAGCAGUCAGUGUGUGACCAGAGUUUUUACAAUGGACCUGUCAGCAAAUUCUGGGCGUACGCAUUUGUGCUAAGCAAAGCACCCGAACUAGGAGAUACAAUAUUCAUUAUUCUUAGGAAACAGAAGCUCAUCUUCCUGCACUGGUACCACCACAUUACGGUGCUGCUUUAUUCUUGGUACUCUUACAAGGACAUGGUGGCUGGUGGUGGCUGGUUUAUGACCAUGAACUAUGGGGUCCACGCCGUUAUGUACUCUUACUAUGCCUUGCGGGCUGCUGGCUUCAGAGUCUCACGCAAGUUUGCCAUGUUCAUCACCUUAUCACAGAUCACUCAGAUGUUGAUUGGUUGUGUAGUUAAUUACCUGGUCUUCUCCUGGAUGCAACAGGGGCAGUGCCACUCCCAUGUUCAGAACAUCAUCUGGUCUUCUCUCAUGUACCUCAGCUACUUCGUGUUAUUCUGCCAUUUCUUCUUUGAGGCCUACAUCGGCAAAACCAGAAAAGCAAGGAAGGCUGACUAGUGGUAUAAACAAGACAGAAGCCAUAGCUCAGGGUCAUCAAGAAAAACAAAAUAAAAACAAACAAAAGAAAAUGGCACAAGGAAACAUGAAUGGUGCAGCUAAAACUUGGCAGCUUAGGGACAGCUAGGUUGGUUUAAACCAGUAAGUUUAUGAUCCUAUCAUGGUGAGGACUCAUUGAAUUCUACUCCAUCUCAAAGGACUGCUGAGGAAAGACAUCUUCCUUCUUGUACCUGUCAGCUCUGAAAAAGGAAAGAAAAUAACAUUUUGUGGGAGAAAAAAUAAGCGUUGUUCUUCCCCAAAGAUGGAAGAAAGACUUUUAUUAAAAACAAAUUAUUUCUAUAUCCUUUCUAAUCUUUUUUCUGCAUUAAAUUUGAACAAAACAAAGCAGAGAGCAAACUGUUUGUGUCUAUGAUACCAGUACAGUUACAGAAUUAAAAACCUCAUCCUAAAGGGUUGACGUGUUUAGCCCCAAAGUGAAAAAUGAAUGGCUAUCUUGAAUGUUUGUUAUGGAAAGUCAUUGAACUCCAUUGCGGUAGUGAAUUUAGUGGAUAAAAGAUUGAUUUCCCCACUCUGUACUAUGCUGUGUAUGCAGAUCUGGUAUGCAACAUCAAUGCUUUGAGCAGGCAGAGAGGAGCAGUAAUUUUACAAGAUUUUAAUGUGAUGAGAUGUGCUGUUGCAAUACAUAUCAUAUCUCAGAGAGUGCUUUUUCCAAGUGCAUUUUCCAAUCAAAGUCAAGGAAUUUCUGCAGUAGAAUAAGACAGAGGGUUAAAUCAAUCUCUGUUAAAUUACCUCGGGCUAGCAACAGAGCAGUGGGUAGGGAGGGCGAGGGAGAGAACCCCAAAAUAUUUUUAACAAUUAUCUGUGAGUCUCACAUUAAUCAGCAGUAUAAUAUAAGUUGAAGAAAAUGAAAAUGGGGAGGAAUCAAAAGAAAAUCUAGAUAGGUAGAGAUAGGCACUCUAUCUACAAAAUAGAGCCCUGUGGUACAGUACAUAUUUUAUAUUUUUGUGAACUUCAGAAAAAGAUAUCUGCAACCUUAAUAGCAUUCGGCAGGACUGUAUGUGACAUUGGGUUACACUGUGUUUCUGCAUUUGCUUCAUGAGCAGUGCAAAGAUGUUUAAAGUGCCCUCCUCUGGUCAUGUGGAGAUACUACAUCAAAACAUACUUGGAAUAGUUUUUCUUGAGACUUGUAUAGAAAAAUUAGUCUAAAUGAAAUAAUUUUGCUGCAACAGCUUAAGUCUAAUGUCCGGAGAGAAUUAUCCUUAAUUAAGAACAAUCUGUACUGUAGCAUCCUGCUGACCACUUAAGAAGACAUCCUGUUCUCAAGUCAGCUAAGAUAGAAGAAAAGGUAUUUCACUCUGAACCUCAGAGAGAGUUAGUUGAUAAGAGCCAUAUUCUUUCAAAGAAAAGUAGAUUGCAUUAUCUGUAAUAUUUCAGUCCUUACAAAGCCAAAUAAAAUGUGUACAAGUUCCUAGUAUUUAAAAAAAGCAAGUAUGUAAACUUGAUGUUAAAUGUGUUAAUGUAGUAUUCUAAAUUGUAUCAGUUUGGUAGUUUAACUAAACAAUUAGAAGAACUAGAUGAACAGAAUAGGGGUUGCUGUUCUGCAUAGAAUAUACACAGCUACACCCAUAUACACGUUAUGUGACUUGUCAACAAGAAAAAAGUCCCUUGAAAGAGUCACAUUUUCUGGCUAAUGCAAAAGUUGUCAUUAUCUCUCUUGCUUUAAUUUGAGAUUGUACAGUACAAAGUAUUAUUAUUAUUAUUAUUUUAUUUUAUUAUUUUGGCUUUAAUUGUGCUGACAUUCAUAAAACCAGAGCUGCGUAAUAUCCUAUUAGAGAUGACAAGGGCUUUCAGUGUCUCAUUAUGUGAAGAAGAAAAAAAAUAAAGUUACAUUCCGUAUUAUGUGAACGCUUUUAAAAGAAUCAGAAAGUCCUUGGGGGCCUACCCAUAACUAUAACAAGCAGAAAAACAAGUUUACAUGUGUGUUAUGUAGGUUAUUGACGUUCUGGCCUUAUUUUACUGUACACAACCAACAGCAAAAUGUGAUAUUCAGUAAUGAAGAUGACAUGAACUUAAAUUAUAGAACUACUGUAUAGGAGCUAUUAGACAAAACCAAUUAAAGGUGUAAACGAUGGUAUUUCACAGAUUUGGAAGUAGAUAAUUAUAAUGCACAAUAAGCUAUUUUCUCCUGCUUCAUUUUUCCCUGGGCUGAAAGGUAGCAGUAACUGAAGAGAAGCAAAAUAAUUAAGGAUGAAAAAGGCAAAAUUAAACUUGAAUUCAGUCAGAACAGAAGCAUCAGUAACAAGCCAAGGAUUGUGCCGUUCAGAUGUUCAGUUCUGUGUUUCUGUGGUCUCUAAUCAUUUCUAUGCAGGCUGAAAUAAAAAGGAGGUGAAAGUGACCCACAUGUCUUUUGAAAUUAGGGGUGAAAUCCUGACUCCACUGAAAUCAAUGGGAGUUUUACCAUUGACUUGAAUGAGGCUAACAUUUUCACCCUAUAAUGCCACUUCUUUUAUCUGAGUAAUGGGGAAAAAUUGCAUUCAUUUUAAUUUAUUUUAUGUUUAUUUAAAGGCUCAGGAAACUUUACAAAUAAGAAGCUAGACCACAGGUAGGUAAACUAUUGUGGGCUAAUCUCAGUGGUUUAACAGAGGGGAAAUAAUACAGUAGACUUUUUUAAAACAAUUAUUUCUGUGCAGUAUUUUCAAAAAAUAUACAGUAUUUUACACAUUUUGUUUAAUUUGUCAAGGUGAAAAACAAAUGAUACUGUAUUUAAACAUACAGGGCGAGAUUCAAAGCCUGGGAGCUUUGCCAUUGACUUAAACAAAACCAGAAUUUAACUCAGGGGGUAGUACCUUACUCCACUAUGAGUACAUCUACACAGCAAAUGAAGGUGCAAGUAUAGCAUGGGUAGGCAUACCCAUGCUAGCUAGAUUAAAGCUAGCCUAGGAACAGUAGUGAAGACUGAACUGUCAUUUGCUUUAUCUGAUGCCAUACCAUGGACUCAUUUACUUAUGUCCUAUUAAUAUUGCAGUACUGUACAGUAGAAUUUUGACAGAUGAAGUUUCACUGGAUUCAGAUGUGAUAGUCUCAAUUCCUUUAAAUUAGAUUAAGUCCAAAUACAAAAAUCUUUGUUUUUAUUUUUUAUUUUCAAAAAACCACACAUCCAAUUCAAACUGUUCAAAAUUCACGAGUCAGGCGCUAAAAAUCAUGAUUUAAAAAUAAUAAGUGAUGGGUUUCUUUUUCUUUGCCUUCAUCAUUUGGAGCCUUGGGGGGGUCACAGUCUUAAUCUUUACUCUACAAACCUGAGGACUAGAGACUUAUCUUUUUUCCAUGAAAGCUAAGAUUCUCUUGUAGUCACAUGACUCCAGGAGCUCAGACUGUAAGAAAAACACUAAGUAUUGUAAACCUAGGAUAAAAUAAUGACAGUUGGCAGCAGUUCAUGGGAUUCAUUUGGCCUUCUGAAGUCAAGGAAGUUACACCAAUUAUGAAUUCAGCCCACUGGAGCCAAAUUCCGUUCUAAUUUACACAAGUAUAAAUCCAGUAUAAUUUCACUGGAGUCAAUGGAGUUACUCUAGAUUUACACUCAUGCAGCUAAGAGCAGAAUUUUGUUCUUGCUAAGCAGUGAUAUUGUAUAGUGACUAUUUAAAGAAAAUAUUUUCAACUAGUUAAUAAAAAUGUCAAAAAGUAGGGUAAGUCUGAAAACUCUUUAAGUUGUGCCUGUGGGAAAAUAACCCAUGCUUACAAACAUUUGUACAUCAGAGUCACAAGUGAUUUGUGUCCGAUCUCCCAGAUAGUGCAUAAGAGCGACUGGAUGCAAAGGAGAGAAUGUCACAGUAAACUAGCAACUGCAUUUACCUUACAAAAUAAGGACACAGCCAUGCAAAUGGAAUACAGUCAACAAGCAACCUGAGUAGUUGGAAUCAUGGCUUAGAAUGUAUGUUACGGUAGAUAUGACAAGGCAAUCCUGUCCUGUUUUCCAAGAGAUGAUAGUUACUGAUAAAAGCCACUUACAAAUCAGGGUGCAGGUUGGUGUUAAAAUUAGGACAUUAGAUGUGAGAGGUUAAAAUGUGGAUUAGCAACCCUUCUAAAAAUGAGUCUAAUGUAAAUGGGUUGUAUCUAUCCUAUGUAGCUUAUACUACUGUGGCUGGUGGAAAAUACUUCGGUGAAAUGGUCUGUCCCUACACAUUUUGUUGAGUAGUUAAUUGCACAGUGGUUCCUUGGUCCCACUCAAGUGUUUGAUAACUUCAGAAUUGUUCUAUGAUUUGUUUUUAGCUUGUGACCCUAAAGACUUGAUUUCAGUAUGUUUGUUCUCUCUCAUAAAAUUAAGUCUUGGGAGAAUAUGUUAGUUGACAAACACUUAAGUGAGGUAAACUCCUCCUGUAUUCAGCUAAUCAGUUUUACGUAACAGACUGUAAAACACAAAUGAUUGUGACUAUGAAAACAGCAGCCUUUCUGGGCGGGUGCCAGAUACAGUAUGUUAGUGCAAUGUGAUGUAUCAAAACAAGUUAAUUGUUUGCUUUCUGUCCUGUAUUUCAAAACCACUUAAAACAGUAUAAUAUAUUUAUAUACAAAUAAAUAUAAGUAUACUUUAUGUAUAGUAAUAAACUGGCUUUGAUAGAGGAAGCAAUUUGAAUGGAUGAUGAUGAACUCCAACACUGGUGUGAUGUCUCUCUCGUUCAGGGCCUGAUUUGAAGCCCAUUGAAGUGGAUGGAAAGACAUCCAUUGACUUCAGUGGGCUUUGGUUCAGGCCUUUAGAGUCCAGUCCUACAAGGUGAUAAAAGACCUAAAUCCUGCUAAGUACAAUGGGUGUUGAGGUUGCUCAGCACCAGGCCGUGAAGACACAAAAGUCAUUAAUCCUUAGUCACAUUACCCUCCCUAAAUGAACUGCAGAAAUUAUAAGGAGAAAUCUUCAAUAUUUUUCUAUUAUUUUAUUUCUGUACAUCUUAUGUUCAUUUAAUUAAAGACAAAAGGCCCAGAUCCUGCAACUGGAUCCAUGCCCAUGCAGAGCUCCACCAAAGUCACUGUGGCUGUACAUGGGCAGAGAGAUCUUUACCCACUUGGAAGUAGUUGCAGGAUCAGCACCGAAGGGAGCCAAAACCACCUAGCAGGUUUCAAGAUAACCAGCUAUGCCAACCCAAGUUAGAUCAGCUUUGCAGAGUGAGUUCUGCAGCUUGGGAGGUAAUGGGCCUUUCCUAAAAUUUCAAUAUCUCAGUGGAAUGCUGCAUUUUGCCAAGUCGAUGUGUUCGAAUCUCUUUGCUAUUGGACAUACAGCAGUAUUCCCCUUACAUAAAUGAUAUUCCUAAGAAGUCCCACUUCUUCCUAAUCCUGGGCAGCUUCAAAUAGGCCCAUCUGCCAAAAAACAAACCCACCCACGCCACAGCUCUGAUUGACUUUUCUGCUUUCUCAAAAGCCACUACACCUUUGGCUUCUUGGAGUAUUAAACCUCAAGAUAGAUUGCUAUUCAGAUCAGAUUAAAUGUGUACAAUAACUAGGAGAGAAUAAUAAGAGAAAUAGCUUUAUUUUGCCAUUUUCAAAUGGAUAUUUCACUACAUAAAAGGAAUUUUAUUUUUUGGGAGGGAUAUUGCUAUUCAAAAUAAAAUUUUAACUUUUGGUUCAAA